AGUUCCCAGGCUGUAUUGUUUGGACCUUGAAUGGUUUCCACCUCUUUGCUGAUUUUUGGAUAAUAAUAAUCAAAGAUUAAAAUAUUCCCCUAAUCUCCGCAUUUUCUUCUUCUUCUCGACUCUGCUUGUUUAAUCCACUAAGAAUUUUGAAUUUCUUACCUUCCCAAGUUUUCUCUCUCCGAUAGGAAGAUCAGCGAAAGCGUUAAACCCCGAUUAGAAAUUCCGGCAAAGUAUACCUGUCCAGGGUUUUCCCCGAUUUCAGUUUGAUCUGUGCCCGGAAUCCCUGUGUUUCGCUUUCUCAUUGCGCAUACGAUUCUUCUUUCGCCUUGAAGGUUUAGAUGCUUUUGAAUCGUUAAAUUGGUCUCGGAUUUUGGGUUUUCUCUCCUGUUGUUUCUGCUCCGCUUUAAGCAUCAUUUCGUUCUCCACCAGCCUCACCUCCUGGGGCAAUCAAUUAGCUAUUUUCCAGAUCUUUCUUUGCUAUUGUACAGAAUGGCGGAUUUGCUACCCAUUUACCUCAUUAUCGUGGCUUUUCUAUGCACUGUCGGAGCCAUUGCUUUGGCCUUAUUCCAUAUCUACAAGCACCUCUUGAAUUAUACUGAACCCAUUUAUCAGAGAUAUAUUGUGCGCAUAGUCUUCAUGGUCCCGGUCUAUGCGUUGAUGUCAUUCUUGUCUCUCGUCUUGCCCAAAAGCUCCAUUUACUUUAACUCUAUCCGAGAAGUUUAUGAAGCGUGGGUGAUUUAUAAUUUUCUAUCGCUGUGUUUAGCAUGGGUUGGAGGCCCAGGUUCGGUAGUUAUAAGUUUAACUGGCCGCUCUCUGAAGCCAUCAUGGCAUCUCAUGACAUGUUGCUUUCCACCACUACCAUUAGACGGGCGUUUUAUUCGGCGGUGCAAGCAAGGUUGUCUACAAUUUGUAAUUCUAAAGCCAAUCCUAGUUGCUGUCACACUUGUGCUUUAUGCAAAAGGGAAAUACAAGGAUGGAAAUUUUAGCCCUGAUCAAUCCUAUCUCUAUCUUACCAUCAUCUAUACAAUAUCAUACACUGUGGCUUUGUACGCGCUGGUCCUUUUUUAUGUGGCUUGCAGAGAUCUGCUUCAGCCAUUCAAUCCAGUCCCAAAGUUUGUGAUUAUAAAGUCUGUUGUCUUUCUAACCUAUUGGCAGGGUGUUCUGGUUUUCCUUUUUGCUAAAUCUGGAUUUAUAAAGGGUGAAGAAGAAGCAGCUCUCUUUCAAAAUUUUAUAAUCUGUGUGGAGAUGCUUAUUGCUGCAGCUGCCCAUUUCUAUGCUUUUCCAUACAAGGAAUAUGCAGGUGCUAAUGUCGGAGGAGCUCACAGUUUCUCAGGAAGUCUGGCACAUGCUGUUCAACUAAAUGAUUUCUACCAUGAUACUGUUCACCAGUUUGCCCCUGCGUAUCACGAUUAUGUGCUCUAUAAUCAUAAUGACGGUGGUGAGGAAGGGGCAAGGAAGUACCGAGUGCGAACAUUUGUGCCAACUGGUCAGGAAAUGGAUGCUGUUAGAAAGAACAAACACAUGUUUGGAAACAAGAUAGAUGGUGUUUCACCCUCCAGUCACUCGUCCUCGGGAACAAGCACACCGAAAACUUCCGGUGUAACUACUGAUCCAGCACGCCGUGAGACUAUGAAAUCAUCCUUGUUGGUGGAUGCCUCGGACUCGGCUUCCACAAUGUAUGACAUGUCGCUCAUUGACAUCGAUAUAUCGAGCUACCCAAGUAAAGUACCUUCUGCAAAUGUAAAUGCAGGAGGAUCUAGAUAGUGAGGACGAUCAGGGCCGUGCCCAUGUUAUGAGAAAAGAAACACUCACGGCCUUUGUGAAUAUAAUUUUUUUUAUAUAUAUAUUUUGGAAUUGAAAAUUAGUUAUACUGAUAAACUUAUUCUAAACUAUUAGACCAAUCU